UAAUUUUAUUAGUCAGUUCCAAUAAUUCGCGCUUAGGUGGAUGUUUGGAUUUCUACAGUUUCCUUAGGCUGUGAUCGCUUCUUGUAGGUUCAAUCAAUGAGGAGUCCGUGUUUAUUGGUAGCUUUCCUGUGAGCUGCUGUAACUUGAUUCCGUGCUGCCUAAGCCCUGUCCUGGCCUAGGCGUGCGUGCAGUCGCACUUCUUCUCCUCUUAAUGAAAUAUGCAUUCAGGCAUCCGCGAAAAAAAAUCUAUUAAUUAUAAGUUAGCAUGCCCUUUGUUUUUUAUGGCAUAAAUUUCUAUAUACUUGGUAAUUUUAUUGUGAUCAGCUACUAAGCAUAUAGAUACACUAAAGCCUUAGAGAUCCUUCAUUUUAACACAGAUUUUUUUGGGAACCGAAUGGUAAACCCAUAAAAAAAGGCGGUAGACCCUCUACUGUAAUACUACUACCAAUGCCGUGAUUCAGAGCUUGGAGAAAUGUUUCUAGAUAUCAGAGAAUAUAGCAUGUACAAUGGUUGUUCAUAUACGCAUCCAAAGCAAUUAAUUAACUCAAUUGAAGCUACUAUUACCACAUCAUGCGGGUGAAAUUAAGUGGACUUUUCUCCAAGAACAAUACUGACUUCUGAAAAAGACACAUGUGGCCCUCAAGUCUAAACCAAACAGUGAUAUAACAGUAUACAGAUAAAAGAUGUAUGUGGUCCACUAAUUUCAUCAAAUGCCAAUACUGUUUUCCUCUCAAUAAAGAACAAGACAAGUCAUUAUUGAACUAUCUUAAAUAUGGGAAAUAUAAUUAUUGCUAAAGUCGUGAAACAAAAUUUCCAAUUUAUAUGUAAUCUACUAGUUUCAUCUAAACCACUAGCUUCCCAUCAGAGAGUCCCCAAAUCCAAUGCUCAUUAGUCACUUAAGCUCAUUCCAUAAAUUCAGCGUGAGCUAUCAACAUUUUUCAGCUCCACAAGACCAUAUAUAAUGGCAAAUCCAUAAGGUACCAUAGCUUUAUGGAUACUAUCCUACGGAUACCAGAUUACCGGUUGCCUAUAACCAUCCUAUUGUUUAGAGAGGUCCUAUGUUGAAGCUUUGAAAAUCAAGUCCUUAUGUUAAGACACUUUUCUAAUAGAGUCGGCUGACGUGAUGACUCGUGGGAAGCUUCAUACGGACAUUAACUGUGGACUCGCUCCUCCAGCUGGCUGUACGCAGUCUGGACGCACAUCUUAAUUGGCCAAAAAACAACAGCAACAUGUUGCACACGUUGAAGUCCACAUAAAUCUCAGUUGCCUACUCGCCUGUGCCUUUUUUUCUCUUUUUCUGUCUCCAAGUCAUGGAAGGGUGCGGCGAUAUUUGACAUAUCAGAUGUUGACCGUCUAACAUAGGUUAGCACUGGGUUAUGACUUCUUUUAUGCCAAAGUCCAAAUAGGAGAGAGAGACAAGAGGUUGUAGCCUGCCUUUAUAAGCUAUAGACUGCUGCAGGAACAAAGAGAUUGGAAGAGAGAGAACUGGAGCUAGAGGGAAGUUAGAGAAGAAAGGAGGGAUUAGACCCUUGAAAGUUAGCUAGCUUCUGUCAAAGAGGAGAGAGAUGGUUAGAGGGGAGAAGCGUUCUGGUAGCCAUGAAGAGCAGUUAACAAGCAAGAUCAAAGAUGAUGAUCAUAUCCUGGAUGGCAACUUGUUUAAGUCCUUACACGAAUCAAGUUCAAGAAAAGAGGCAAGCUCCUCAAGCCUAAGGGAAAGAUCUGAAACGGACGAAGCAUCAAAUCAAACUUCAGCUAAUCAUAACAAGGUUGAUAAAGAUAAACUUGCAUCCACAAGGGCAGAGAUGGGUGAGGUAAGAGAAGAGAACAAGAGGUUAAAAACUAUGUUGUCACGCAUUGUAGAGGACUACCGAUCUCUUCAAUUGCACUUCCAUGACGUUCUUCAAAAAGGACAAGCCAAGAAGCUUGCUGACCCCUCGACCAUCAUGCCCACCGGCAUCGAGGAGCCUGAAUUCGUCUCACUGAGCCUCGGCACGACCACAAGCAUGCACAGGAAGGAAGACAAGAAUAGUGCUGCUGAAGGAAAAGGGAGAGAAGACUUCAUGAGUAUUAAAGAAGAAGGCCUGUCACUUGGACUGUCAGCCUGCAAAGAUGGUGCAACUAAUAACAAUGUAAAGAUCCAGCCCGAAGUGAUGACCUUGAGCCCUGAAGUUAGUUCCGAGGAUGCCAAGGAUGAUGCCAUGGAGGCAGCAGAUCAGCAGUGGCCGCCAAGCAAAGCAGAGAAGAGCUUGAGGAACGUUGGCACGGGGCCUGAGGAUGACAUAGGUCCACUGCCACAGGCCAAGAAGGCAAGGGUGUCUGUAAGAGCAAGGUGUGAUGCACCAACGAUGAAUGAUGGAUGCCAAUGGAGAAAGUAUGGGCAGAAGAUAGCCAAGGGGAACCCAUGCCCCCGUGCCUACUACCGGUGUACAGUGGGAGCAGGAUGCCCCGUCAGAAAACAGGUGCAGAGGUGCGCGGACGACAUGUCGAUCCUGAUCACCACGUACGAGGGCACGCACAACCACCCGCUCUCCGCCUCCGCCACCGCCAUGGCCACCACCACCUCCGCCGCGGCGUCCAUGCUCACCUCGGGCUCCUCUACCUCCCUCCGCUUCCCCGCCGCCUCGCCGGCCGCCGCCGGCCUCAGCUUCGGCUUCCCUCCGGCGGCGGCGCACGACCCCUCCAAACAUUUCUUCCUCCCGAACGGCGGCGCCGCGUCCAUCACCUCCACGCCGUCCUACCCGACCAUCACGCUCGACCUCACCUCGCCGGCGGCCACCUCGCAGGCAUUCUCUCUGGGCAACAGGUUCUCGUCGAGCUUGGUUCACGGCGGCGCUAGGUACCAUCAUCCCACGAGCCUCUCCUUCUCCAACUCCGGGCCCAGCGCGCUGUCCGGCGCUGCAUGGCCGGCGGCCGGUGGUGCUGGGUACCUGAGCUACGGGUCACCAGCAGCCUCGUUGUUCAACGGUGGCGCUGCACUGAGCAGCAUCAACGGAAGGCAACAAGGCGGGGAAUUCCCCGUGCUCUACCAGCCGCAGCAGAAGGCGUCGGCGGCGGCGAGCGGGAGCGCACCGGAGGGCGUGCUCACCGACACGAUAGCGAAGGUGAUCACGUCGGACCCGAGCUUCCAAACGGUGCUGGCAGCCGCCAUCACGUCGUACGUCGGCACGCAGGGAGGUAACAGAUCGUCGGCGGGAGGAGAGGGCGGGAGCCAGCUGCAGGGGCUCAAGUGGGGACAGCACCUCGGCCUGGGGCCGUCGCCAUCAAGCCCGGGUGCGGCGUGCUCGUCGGCGCUGCUGGCACGGUCAUCGUCGACGACGGCAGCAGCGGUGGUGGAGCAGGGUUCCAAUGGGCACCGGUCGUUCUUGCAACCAUCGCUGGGCUUGUCAGGUUCUCACAGCACCUCCACCUCUCCUGUGGAGAACAGGGAGCACUGAUCGUAAAGAUUCUGAAUGUAUUUAGGCCACUUCAUUCAAAUGUUUUUUUUCCCUUAAUCUGGUUAUUUCAGCAGCAUUUGGUGUAUAUAUCCUGAGGAUAAGUGUCACUUUAUAGAGGAUAGAUAUCCUGACUCUCACUGUAAGGUAAAGAAAUUGUUUUGAUUCACACAACACACAUGUAAAACAAAGGAUUGAAUUUAUCUUUGUUCAGUCUUUCCUUCCCUGAUGAGUUAGCAAAAUGUGAGCUGAUGAUGAUACAUCAACACAGUAUUGAAUUAUAAUCAAAUAGCUGCCUUUUCCAGAAUGAGGAUCUAUCUACAGAUUUUUUUUU